AUGGGUCUCGCUCUUAAAUGUGAGCAGACCGCCAAGGAUCCCCGGGUAGUUGAGAAGAUGAGUGUCCUCUUCCUUCUGCUGUUGUUUCUGUGCGAAGCCCAGAGCCGUGCAGCAUCAAGGCCGAACAUCGUCGUGUUGAUGGCUGACGACCUUGGCAUUGGAGAUCUCGGGUGCUAUGGGAACAAGACUCUCAGGACUCCCAACAUUGACCGUUUGGCCAGCGGGGGAGCAAAACUCACCCAGCACCUGGCAGCAUCGCCCCUGUGUACACCGAGUAGGGCAGCCUUCCUGACAGGUCGAUACCCGGUCCGAUCAGGAAUGGCUUCUCGGUUCCGGACUGGAGUUUUCCUCUUCGUGGCCUCUUCUGGAGGACUUCCCCCCAGUGAGAUCACAUUCGCCAAGCUUCUGAAGGACCAAGGCUACUCAACAGCGCUGAUAGGAAAGUGGCACCUGGGGAUGAGCUGUCACAGCAGGAUGGACUUCUGCCACCACCCUUUACGCCAUGGCUUUGAUUAUUUCUAUGGGCUGCCCGUGACCAACUUGAGAGACUGCAAACCUGGGGAAGGCACUGUCUUCGGCACAGCCUUCAGGGUGCUGGUCUUCAGCCCUCUGCAGGUCCUUGGGGUCACCGUCCUCACGUUGGUGGUGCUGCGUGGCCUGGGGCUGCUCCACGUGCCUCGUGCGGUCUUCUUCUGCCUGCUCCUCCUGGCGGCCGUGAUCCUCGGCCUUUUCCUGUGCUUCCUGCUUUUCUUCCGGACCCUGAACUGCUUCUUGAUGAGGAAUUACGAAAUCACCCAGCAGCCCAUGUCUUAUGACAAUCUCACCCAGAGGCUGACGAUGGAAGCCCUGCAGUUCGUCCAGCGGAACACUGAGAGGCCGUUCCUGCUUUUCCUGUCUUACCUUCACGUGCACACGGCGCUCUUUGCCUCCAAGGAGUUCACCAGCAAAAGCCAACACGGCACCUACGGGGAUGCGGUGGAGGAAAUGGACUGGAGCAUUGGGCAGAUCUUGAAUGUCCUAGAUGAGCUGAAACUGGCUAAUACUACUCUGGUCUACUUCACAUCGGACCAAGGAGCCCAUGUAGAGGAAGUGACCAGCAAAGGACAAAUGCACGGAGGAAGCAACGGCAUCUAUAAAGGAGGAAAAGCCAACAACUGGGAAGGAGGAAUCCGGGUUCCAGGUAUUCUUCGAUGGCCUGGGGUGAUACCAGCUGGACAAGAGAUCGACGAGCCAACAAGCAACAUGGACCUAUUCCCUACGGUGGCCAAACUCGCUGGAUCCGCAUUGCCGGAGGACAGGACUAAGGAGGUCACCAUGGGCCUGGGACCACAGGAUGGAUUUUCUGACAUCUCUUCAGUACAUGAUUUCAGUGUUUCUGUAAACUUACUGAGGGACAAGCCUCGGUCCCUAGGCUGCACGUCCAUCUGGAAAGCUUUCUUCUUCACGCCGAAGUUCACCCCUGAGGGCGCCAAUGGGUGCUUUUCCACGCACGUGUGCUUCUGUUUUGGGGAUUUUAUCACCCACCACAACCCACCUUUACUCUUUGAUAUUUCUAAAGAUCCGAGGGAGAGAAACCCAUUAACUCCAACAACUGAGUCCCAGUUCCAUGCCAUCCUUCAGGUCAUGCAGGAAGCCGCAGACAACCACUCCAAGACCCUGCCAGAGGUCCCCAACCAGCUGUCCCUGGAGAAUGUGCUCUGGAAGCCCUGGCUUCAGCUCUGCUGUCCGACCUCUGGCCUGUCUUGCCAAUGUGACAGAGAAAAACAGGACGGAAGAGAGAGCCGGUAACUGUUAGCCCUACUGUCCGCGGCCAAGUCUGCUUUCUUCAUCACCAGCACACGUCCUGGAGUGGCACUGGCCCAAAGGGACCCCGUCCCAGCCUUGAAAUUGGACCAAUUCUCUAUUUUAUCACCUAAAGGCUUGAGCAAGAGCUCAACAGUUUCUCCACUUGGGGUGGGGUGGGGGGUAAGGUUUGCAGUGUACAGAGAGGUCUCUCGUCGCCAAAGUUUCUAGACUCAUGUAAGUGGAACGGAGGAUGGGAUUGCAUGAGUGUCCCCAACGCCAGUGCAGACAGAUAAAAAGAAAGUGUAAAGGGUGACGUUAAUUCAUUCCUUGGCAAAUGUGAGGCUACGAUCAAGGGUGUCAUUUACUCCACCAUCUGAAGUUAUGCAAGGACCACCUCACUUCGGAGCAUAGCAAUAUAGAACGCCAUCAACUUUAAAGAGUUUAAUAAAUCUUAACAUGUGCAAUGUCA